AUGUUUGAAUUCACAUCUUUGGUGCCGCCUGAGCAGCUAGACAACGCACGAAUCCGGGCGUCGUUGUUCAAUUUCCAAAACGACAUAAGGGUGCUCGCCGACCCUGGAUGGGAUACUGUCUCAGACCUCACCCAUAUUGAGUCUGUUCUUAACUCUAUUGAUCUUAUUCUCCUCUCUCAUGCCUCCAUGCCUUUCAUUGGGGCAUUUGCCUACUUAUACAAAAAAAAUCCUGGAGCUAUGAGGAGUAUUCCGGUAUACACCACCGCUCCAGUGGCCAAUCUUGGGAAAAUUGAAACCAUGGAAAGUUAUCGAGUCCUGGGUCUUGUGGGGCCAGUAGUAGAUUACCAACUUGAAAUGGCAGAUAUUGAAGAGGCGUUUGAUUCGGUGACGUUGAUCAAACAUAACCAAUCGACAAUAUUUAAAGGAAAGCAAGAUAGCAUAACGAUAACCGCGAUCAAUGCUGGACACAGUCUUGGGGGUAUCAUUUGGUUAUUCAAUAAAAGCAGUGAAAAAAUCAUUUAUGCUCCAGCUUGGAACCAUUCUAAGGACUCGUACCUUGAAGGUGCGAAAAUCUUGCAAGAAAAUGGUAACCCGGUGCCAUUAUUGUCAAGACCAUCGGUGAUGAUCACUUCGGCAAUGAUUGGAUCGUCAUUAUCUUACAACAAAAGAGUGGAAAAGUUUUUAAAUAUGGUAGAUGCCACAUUACAGAAUUCUGGUACAGUGUUGCUUCCGAUUUCUUUGGGAUCUCGAUUACUCGAGCUUGUCCAUUUGAUUGAUGAUCAUCUUCGAUUCAUGCCGUAUCAAGUGUAUUUGCUUGCCCGCACAGGAACGAAAUCCUUGACUCAGGCAGGUUCAAUGUUAGAAUGGAUGUCCCCAACAGUGACUAAAGAAUGGCAUACUCGUGGUAAGUCACCGUACGCCGCGUCCACGGUUACUAUUAUUGAUCAUCAUGAAUUGGAAAAGCUUCAAGGUUCCAAAGUGGUGUUUUGUUGUGGUGAGGGUUUGGAAAGUGGGUCUCCAGCAUUUGAAUCAUUCACUAGAUUAUGUAAUGAUCCUACCACUACAGUGUUAUUGACUGAGCGAGCAGAAAAGGGCACAUUAGCACAUGAGUUGUAUCAAUACUGGGAAGCCGCGGCGGCAGAACGAAAUAAUGGCAAAAUAGAAGACGGUAUAGCGGUUCCUUACCAAAGUACGUUGCAUUUAGAGAGAAUCGAGGAAGAAUAUUUGGUAGGGGCCCAAUUAGAACAAUAUAUGGAAGCCGUAAAAGCCAGACGGCAACAAGAUAAAGAAAACAAAGUAAAAUUGGAAAAACAGCAGAAAAAAGAAGCAGCCGCGGAAACUGGGACCAAUAAUGAGAAUUUACUUAAAAUCGAUGGCAAGAAGAUCUUGGCAGAAGAUGACGAUGAUGAAGAUGAAGAUGAUGAAGAUGAAGCAAAUGGAGAUGAUGAAUCCCAGAAGCGGGCAAAACGGGCAAGAAAACAAACUAAAGAAAAAGAAGAAAAUUUAAAAGAAAAUUUACCAUUAGAUAUCGAUGUUCGGAACUCCAAAGGGAAAAAUCGGAUGUUCCCAUACAUUCCAAAAAAGCUCAAGUAUGAUGAUUAUGGAGAAGUGAUUAAUCCUGCGGACUUUGCCAAAAAAGAUUCAAAAUAUGAUUUCCGUCACGGGAAAGGAUUGGACAAUAAAAUUGGAGAAAAACGGAAGUUUGGUCAGGAUUCGUUGUCUUCGAAGAAAAAUGCUCUCAAACAAAAGAAAGACAAAACCAACAAGACUGAUGAAUUGAUUGCCUUGGAUGCUUUAAGAGAGCCUCGUCGUCAAGUUUCCAAGAAUUUAUCGAUCUACACCAAAUGUGGGCUUGUAUUUGUUGAUUUGGCAGGACUUGUGGAUUUACGUUCAUUGUCGCUCAUUAUUCCUUCACUUAAGCCACGGAAGUUGUUGCUACUUAGUGAUAUGACCAGUGAUGUCAAUACCGCCAAUGUUUUUAAACAACUCACGAGUAUUAGUCGUCGUCGUCGUCCAAACGGUUAUGAAUCGUCAAAAUCGAAUAAUUUGCAGAAAUUAUUUGACGUGGUGGAGGUGAAAAACAAUCAAGAAGUGGAGAUUGAUGACUCUGUAGCCGCACUUGAAAUCUUAUUGGAUGAUUCGAUCAUGGAGCAUUUGAAAUGGCAAAAGAUUAGUGGUGGGUUUAGUAUUGCUCAGGUUAUUGGGACCGUGGUUAAUGUCGAGGAGAUUGAGGAAAACGAUGCCAAAGCAUCUGUAGUUGAUACUGCGACCAGUGAUAAGGAAGGGGAUGUCAAAAUGAUAAAAGAGGGAGAGGAGAAUGAGGAGGAGAAGGAUGUUACUUCUGAUAAUAAAGAAGCAGAAUCAAAAACCAAAGAUUUGGUUAUCAACAAUGGAAUGGGUCUUAAAGCGAUUUCUGAAGCGUCAUCACAGCUUAUGAAUAUUCGUCAUACCCCGCUUGCCAUUGGGGAUAUUCGACUCAAGGAACUUAAAGAUUUUUAUUCCACCUUUAAUGAAGUUGGGGUGAACCAUACUGCAGAAUUCAAGGGAGAAGGUACCUUGGUCAUUGAUAAUAAGAUAUGUAUUCGGAAAAUCAGUGAGGGUGAUUUUGUUGUGGAAGGAAGUGCGUGUACUUUAUUCUACGAAGUUAGAGAGAAAGUCAGAAACAUGUUGGCGUAUGUGUGA